UUGGUUUUGUGGUUCAUAUAAAUAGAAGAUAUCUUUUAUAUACCUACAAAAAGGAAAAAAACAAGCAAACCCACUUCCUGCACUAGAUUUCCUCGAUAUCUGUUGCAGUCCUUUAUUCCACCCCUUUUCUUUUGCAGGGCUCUCUCUCUCUCUGCCCCGUACGUCCCCUCUCUAUCUCUCUUUUUCUUUGCGUCUUUUGUGUAUACAAAGAGAGAAAUUGUACGCUACCAUUUUCUGCACAGUUCGCAGCGUUUUUCAUAUAUCUCAGAGGUUUAAAAUGAUGAGAACUUCACUGUCCGUCUGCAAACAAGUUCAGCCUCUCGUGAACUUUCCUGGAGUACCGGUCCUCGAUAUGGAAUUGUUCCGUCGGAAAAACAAGGUUGUGAUUGUAAUGGGAGCAACUGGCACCGGCAAGUCAAGGCUCGCCAUCGACUUGGCCACUCGUUUCCCGGCCGAGAUUAUAAAUUCCGACAAAAUGCAAGUUUACAAAGGACUUGACAUCGUUACGAAUAAAGUCACCGAAGAGGAGUGUCGUGGGGUCCCACAUCAUUUACUAGGAACUAUGGAUCCUGAUUCCAACUUCACAGCAAACGAUUUCUGCCAUCAUGCUUCUUUGGCCAUGGAGUCUGUUACCGGCCGCGACCGGCUCCCGAUCAUUGCCGGUGGCUCCAAUUCUUAUAUUUCAGCGAUGGUAAACCAACGUGCUGAAUUUCGGAUGAAGUACGAGUGUUGCUUCCUCUGGGUCGACGUAUCCUUGCCUGUGCUCCAUUCCUUUGUAUCAGAGCGAGUUGACCGGAUGGUGGAAGCUGGUUUGGUGGACGAGGUGAGAAAAUUGUUCGACCCGGAAGCCGAUUAUUCGCUAGGAAUCAGGCGAGCAAUCGGUGUGCCUGAAAUGGAUAAAUAUUUAAGGAUAGAAGCCACAGCCGAUAAGAGAACUCGUGCUCGACUUCUUAAGGUAGCCAUUGAGAAAAUCAAGGAAAAUACCUGUCUGUUGGCUUGUCGCCAGCUGCAAAAGAUCCAUCGUUUCCAGAACAAGUGGGAAUGGAAUAUACAUCGGCUCGACGCCACGGAAGUGUUCCUGAGGCGAAGCCGCCUGGAGGCUGAAGAAGCGUGGGAGAAGCUCGUGGUCAGACCGAGCGACCUCAUCGUCGACCGAUUCCUGUACGACCAAAAUCGUGUGUCCAGUAACAUCGUAUCACGCGACGCUGCGGCCACUGUCAUCGGCUCGCCAAUAUUGCCGAUAGGAGCCGUGGCUGCAGCGAGACGCUAGUGUUGGUGGGAUCCUCAGAAUCUAGCAAUGACCAUAUAACAACGUGGCAGCUGGUACUCCGCGACUCCUCUAAUUUAUUUUUCUUUAUAGAUUAUUUGUUCACGGUAAAAAAUAAAAUAUUAAUAAGGAAAAAGAAAAAAAAAAUGAAAUAAAAAUAGAGAUUGGGGGGUGAGAGGUUGUCGUCAGGUCGUUAUAAGUAGUACUUUCACAUUUGGCGGCCGUACAGUGCGGGAAGCAUUUUAGAAAGCCGCGCCUGCUGUUGUACAACGUUUGCUCCCCCUUUUUCUCCAUAGUUCACUCUUUACCGUACAUGCUUGAGUUCGUUGUGUGUGGCGCGCGCCUGCAUCAAUCAUGAUACAGUUGGCUCCUUGUUCAGGGGUGGUCCACCCGGUCUGAGAGGGUCGGAUAUUAAUACUGUGUAAGUAGUACAAAGUCCAAUAAACCCGUAGGCCCCACGGGAUUGUAACGUGAGAGAGAGUGGUGUUUUGGUCUUUAUGGUGUGACUUGCACAUCUUAUUUGACAUGUGAGCUGUAAUAUUUUUGGCACCCAUUAUUGUAUUUACAUAAAAAGAUUGGAAUAUAUGAAUAUCUAAAGCAGGUGUCUUUGUCUCUUUA